AUGAAUCUUAUUCAUAAUUAUCAAAUGAUUAAUGAAAAUUAUCAAUUUUUUAUAUCUAAUGAACAGAGUAUUCCUGAUGAUGUUAAACAACGAAUAGAAUUAUUACAUUAUGCUGGUGUAGAUAUUCUCACUAUACGUACAAUUUUAAAAGAAGAGUUUGAAUCAACAAUAACUUUAUCUAAUGAUAAUCAAGAUUAUCAAUAUAUGCUUACUCGAUUAUUACAAAAAAUACAACGAUUUGUAACACAAUAUCCUAUAUCGACUAUAACUUUUUAUACUUCUUUUAAUGAAGUAUUUGUUUCUGAAAUUGAAAAAGGAACACAAAUACAAUCUAAUAAUUCAAAUAUUAUACCAACAGUAAAAAAUCCAUUAAUCAUUCAUGAAAAAGGAUGA